AUGCCGCGCGCGUUCGCCCGCGUCGUCCUCGCGCGCGCGCUCGCCGCCGCGCGCGCCCCCGUCGCGCACGCCGCGCGUCGUCUCGCCGUCGCGCGUCCGCCCUGCGCCGCGAAAUCCACCGCCGCCGCCGCCGCGUCCGACCGCGGCGACGUUCGCGUCGGCGACGAAGUCUCCGUGGAGUGCGUCGAUUUCGCCACGUCGGGCGAGGGCGUGUGCAAGCUCGCGAAUGGGAUGGUUUUGCUCUGCGACGGCGCGACGCCCGGAGAGGUGGUGCGCGCGCGGGUGACGAAGCUGCGGAAGAAGCUGGCGCACGGCGCGAAGACGGCGACGGAACGCGCGGCGCCGAACGCGGUGACGGCGCCGUGCCCGCACCACGAACAGUGCGGAGGGUGCGCGUGGCAGCACGUGAAUUACGACGCGCAGGUGGGGCAUAAGCGGAAUCGGGUGGUGGACGUGCUGGCGAGAAUAUAUAAAGCGGGCGAGGACGCCGAGGCGAAAGUCGGCGCGUGCGUCGGCGCGGACGAGACGUCGAGGUAUAGGAAUAAAAUGGAGUUCGCGUUCGCGAGUGGAACGAGAGGAAAGACGGUCGUCGGGUUGCGACCGCGAGGGGCGAACGAUUCGGUGGUGGAUUUAAGCGGUGGAUGUCUGUUGCAGAGCGAGGAGGCGGAUCGCGUGUUGGCGGCGAUUCGGGAGACGCUGGAACGCGCGGACGGGCGCUUGGAGGCGUUCGAUCGCACGAGCGGCGAAGGCACCCUUAGAAGCGUGACGAUUCGCACGGCUGGUGGCGAGCGCGGCGGUGAGAAGGCUGUGAUGGUCGAUUUAGCGACGACGGCUUCGCCGAACGAACUGAAAACGGGACCGCUCGCGGGACUCAUCGACGUCGUCUCGAAGGUACCGGGCGUGGUGUCCGUGGUGCACACUUCCGGUGGCACGACGACGAAGGCUGGGUCAACUAAGAAAGUCGAGGCGGUGUUCGGCGAGAACAAAUUAGUCGAAACGCUCAACGGCAUCGACUUUGAACUUUCUUCGGCGUCCUUCUUUCAGACCAACACUGAGCAGGCUGCGAGAUUGGUGCGACAGGUUCGCGAGGCGUGCGCUUUCAGCGGCGAUAAGUCUGAGAUCGUGCUCGACCUGUUUUGCGGUGUCGGUACGAUGGGACUCAGCGUCGCGAGCGACUGCUCGCGAGUGAUGGGAUGGGAAGUCGUUCCAGAGGCGGUGAAAGACGCGAAACGCAACGCCGAGCUGAACAACAUCACGAACGCCAAAUUCUAUCGCGUUGAUUUGGCGAGAUUAAAUCCGUCCAAAGGCCCGAAAGGUCUUCUCACGACGCCGAAAGGCAAAGAGCUUCCCAUGCCGGACAUCGUCAUCACGGACCCGGCGAGGCCUGGUAUGGACUCCGCACUCAUCGCGAUCCUGCGCACAAUCGGUGCUCGGCGUAUCGUCUACGUGUCGUGUAAUCCCGCGACGCAAGCGCGAGACUUGCUACUUCUCACGGCGCCGUCGGAGGGCGCGGACGACGUCGCGUACGAGCUCAAAACCGUCACGCCCGUCGAUAUGUUUCCUCACACGACGCACGUCGAGUCCGUCGCCGUGCUCGAACGCAAAGCUUAG